AUGGGUUUAAUGUACCUCAUCGAGCGGCUCCUUGGAGUCCUUGCCACGAACAUCACCUCUGGGGUCAAUUUCGGUAGACGUCUAGUGUUUGUCGCCACUGUGAAGAGUCUUCCGCCCACUGCAAUAGCUUUGCCACCUCCGCCCUCAGAUGAGCUGGUUAGGCCCAUUUUGCCGACUUUGUCUCCACAAAAAGCUCCAAAUGCCGUAGUUUCUGUCAGGGUACCCAACAACACCAUUCCAACUUCUCUUCAUAAUCAACGACCUCUUGUCAAUAGCAUCAGUAACAACAAUCCUAUGUAUUUCAACAACUCAAAUUCACAAGAACACUCUGUUGUACUUAACGGUCACGCUUCUCCGAAAACCGUGUCUAUGUUUCGCGAACAACAAUCACCGCCACUACCAGGUAGCAGUGGCAAUCUCCAUAACAACGUUGUCACCACCACUACCACCAACCUUGGUCUUCGAGAAUUUUCUGAAUCGAACUUCAUCUUAGAAAGCGGUGACAUCUCUGUCACGUCCAUCCACUGUGACGUGGAAGCUCAAACUGAUAAUCUUCUGCCUGUUCCAUCCACUGCUAUUGCUGCUUCUAGUGGAAUAACAGUCGAUAGCCUCCUUCGACGAAUCCUACGUUUCCCGUAUGUGGAGAAGAUAUCACUGAGUCCUCCUGCUUGUUCGCUUCGAAGGAAAUACCUACAGUCUGCUCUCCUGGACUGGCUAGAUGGAGUAUCACAUGAAUCAAUGGGUUUUGAUCUGGAUGCGGCUGCGAAACGUCUGCCCAGACCACCAUCACCCAAACCGGUUCAAGAUCCGACCACUAUCGCCUCUAUUCUCGAUCUGCCUCGACAAGCACGAGUUACAGUGGAGGAGGCCAAGGCUAUUUACAAUCGUGACCGUCUUCUACGACGCUUCCGUAUGGCCCUGCGCGAUUUCCUCAACAACAUUUGUCACGAUCGGCGCUUCACAACCUUCUUGCGUCCAGUUUCGAAAGAAGAUGCGCCCGACUAUAAUCGCAUCAUUCGACACCCAAUGAGUGUUACUCAAAUUCGCACCAAGAUUGACAACGAUGAGUACACGUCAGUCGAACCUUUUAAGAAUGAUUUGAAACUAAUUUGCACAAACGCGCUGGAAUGCAAUUCCCAAGAUGAGCGCACCUACGAGUUCCAAGAUGCUGUAGACGAGGCUUUCGAUGAUAAUGCCACACUUACUGAACUUGGCGAAGCCCUCGCUAAGGCUCUUUCUACUUGCCCUCUGCCUCCGCGUCCUAGUUCUCAUGCUCAUGAAGCUGUGGGAAAUGGUACUCAAAAGAGUUCGCCCUCUCCUCCUUACGAAAGGCGUUAUAGCCGUCGGCUACAUGGUGAGCAACCAACUUUCGGAGAAGCGGAUUUGCAGCAACUUGUCAAGCGAAAGAGCUCUGUGAAAGGCAUUGAUAAUGAGGAAGUAAUUCCAAAUGAUGCUCCAACACCCCGUGCUGAAUUAGACCAACAAUAUCUAACAGAGGGGAGUAUUUUAAGACAUUACACCAAUGACCAAGUAGAAAUCCUGCUAUAG